UCGCAGAGCACGUCGCCAGUUAGAAAUGAUGAAUUGCAAUGGGGGAUCGUCCGUGGCUGGUGAAGCACGCAAAGCGAUCGCUUCCAUGGACAGCAAACCGAUCGUCACCUGUGCUGGAGAUGAAAAUUUAUUUUCUACAUUGGAAAAGAGUUUACUUCAGGCUAUACCUGCGGAUGCAGUUGAAUGGCGUAGAUCUUUUAGUAGGCCAAUUAAACAAGUCAAACUUGGGGCUACUUUUGUGCCAUUUUCUAGAGAUAUUCUGCCUACUGAGAAAGAUUGGCAUCUCAUAAAACAACCAAUCUUUCAUAUUUAUUGGACUGAAUGUUCUGAUGUUGAUACUUAUAAAACUAGUGUCAGAGAUAAUAUUGAUGCAUGGUUAAAGAUAUUAAAUUUAUAUCACAUCCAAGAUUGGAUGAUUGUUUUAGUUGAAACAUAUGAUAUAAAGAAAGCCAAUAAACUAUUGCCUAGGACUACCGUUUUGGAUAAAAUUCGGGGUGACUUUGCUGCCAAAAAUGGUGACAGAUGUUUUGCCGUAAUUAAUCCAAUUAAAUCAGAAUCUCGUUCUGCUGAAUCAUGGAGGGGAUUAAUAACACGUAUUCGUCAUUUGAUGUUAACUGCUUAUGACAGAACUCUUUCACGUUUUGAAGAUAUUAUACGGGAACAGAGAGAAAGACGAAAUAAUCCUAAUUGGAAUUUCUGUCAUUAUUUUCUUUUACAGGAAGAAUUAGCAUUUGCAUUGCAAAUGCUAGGUUUGUAUGAUGAGGCAUUGGUGCAAUAUGAUGAACUAGACGCUCUCUUUACACAGUUUGUGCUCAAUUCUAAUGUAGGAGAAACUCCGGGAUGGUUAGGUCUGUUUCAAAUGCCUCUCAAUAAUUGGGGAGGUGUGAAUUUAAAUAAUGGUACAAACCAUCAUUUAAGAUUUCUGUUGGCCGAGUGUAGGGCAUCUUUAUUAGAUCUUAGGAGUUACUUAUUUAGUAGACAAUGUGCCAUGCUACUUUUGCUUAAUAAACCUUGGGAGGUUGCGCAAAGGUGUUUAUCUUUCGUUCAUAAUACAAUCAGCGAGCUAAAAAUCUUAGAGAUACAGAAACCAGAAGGAUCUAUAGAAUGCUGGUCAUUCCUCUGUGCAUUAGAGGUCUUACAAGCGUGCCAAUUGUCUAUUUACAACGUUGAUAAUAAUCAACUGUUAGAUUUGUGCUCAUUACAUACAGCCAGUUUGUGGGCACUUGCAAGAGACAAGUUAGGAAAUUUGGGCAAAUUAUGUGGUCUAAUGCCAGGAAGUGAACCAACAAGUGAACAGUUGCACACGGUUGUGUAUCUUAUAGCAGGCAUAGGAGACUCAGAACCUCAGGAAGAGGGAAAAUUGACUCCUACAGACAAGCUAAAAGAAGCACUUUCAUCCAAAGAAGCAUUUAAAAAACAGUAUCUAGAACACGCGGAGUUAGCCAUGGGUACAUAUAAGCACGUCGGUCGCAUUCGAUCAGCCAGACUGAUUGGCAAAGAAUUGGCGCGAUUCUAUAGCGAACUCGGAGAAAAUCAGAAAGCUGUUGCAUUCUUGUCCGAUGCUUUAAAAACUUAUAUGGAUGAAGGAUGGAAUCAUUUAGCCGCGCAAACACAAUUAGAAUUAGCUCAAUGUUACAAACGUAUGGACGAUGUUGAGAAAUACGUCAAAGUGUGCGCCGCGAUAGCCUGUACAAACAUUUUGCACAUAACUGUACGUAAUACAUACUUGGAAGAAAUGUUGGGAUACAUGAAAAUGAUCUCUUCGCUUCAGCCAUUGCUCACAGAAUUUGGAUAUGCUUUUAUAAUACUCAGUAUGGAAGUUAGAGUAAUGGACAAGAUAGUACAAGACUGCAUAGUUAGUGUUGAGAUCAGUGUGCGGAGUUUGUUCCCUCGAGAAAUUAAAUGCACUGGUGCAGCUAUUUCUGUAGAGGAGAUACAGAAGCCGUCUGUACCUAAUAAAAAAAAGGGACUGAAAGCACCGCCUGUUGAGCCGCCGAUACAGUUAUUGCCGAAGUGUACUUUAGAAGAUAUGAAACCACUUGAUCCUAGUUUGUUACAUCUCCAAAUAUAUUCUUACUUGGAUUAUAAGGAAGAUAAGAGUCUUGGUUCCGCCAGUGUUGUUAACAAAACUACAAAACCGCUUAUAAGACGUUCAGAUAGCGCAAAACAUCGAAAACCUUCGGUUAACGCAAAGGGCGAUUUCAGCAAAGCGCUCUCAUGUGACGGAUUUCUUAUGAAACCUGGUGUAAAUACAUUUACAUUGACAAGACGAGUGAGUCAACCGGCUUUAUACAAAGUUAGCCAGUUGUCAUUGGUGAUAGAAGAAAAAUUAGAUUUUUUGACACCCGUACUGAAUCCACGGUUAUGCUACGAAGUAGCGAAAACACAGCCAACGAUAUCCGUAAAUUGCGGCAGAGAUUUACUGGCAGGUCUUGUACAGGAUAUUGAACUGGUUAUUUCGAGCGGAAGUACAAAAAUAACCGAGGAAAUGAAAUUAAAACUACGGACGUCACGUGGGUUGACAGUGGAAUCGCGAAGUGUUGAAAAAAUAAUGGUGAAAGAGCUGGAAAUACCACUGCCAUCGUGUGAACCAUUUCAAACCGUAAAGAUGCAAUUAAAAGUUCUAGCUGAACUUCCACCAAAAAAAGAUGCUUCGUCUAUGGAACAUAAAUUAAAUAUACAAUGUCCGUGGGGUUCGGAAGAAAGUAUACCUUUACACUUUGGCCCACCGCUAAUGUCAAGUAUGAAACUGCACACAGCAAAACAAAGAAAAUUUAUUCAAAUAGUCGUGACCGGUUUGACCAGUCAGCUUCUGCAAUUAACUGAGCCUGAAUUAACAACAAUCACGUCAAUAGACGUUAACUUCAAAAAUUUAAAUCCUGUCGCGGGUCAAAGAUUAGUAAUAGGAAGCGGAAUGAACGUUUCGUUCAUGUGGGAACUUGAAAUUGGAAAAGAUGAGAAAUCCACGAUGCCAAUAAAGACUGACUUUCGUGUAAAAUAUAUACCAGUUAGUGGUACUGAGGAGUUAAAUACGCAUGUUGAUGAUGAUCCACUACAUAUACAUAAUUUAGAAAGAAUUGAGAAAACACAUAGUGUUUAUAGAUGCAAUUUUGAUAUUACAGAUUACGUGACUUUAUUCAUGGUAUCCUCAAAAGUUGAGACAAGUGGGGGUGGAGGAGAGUUUUGUCGCGCUGGUAGUAUGUGUCACCUCUGUCUUACAGUGAUGCGCGUGUUACCUAGUCUUGGUCCAAAUCCUCCACCGCAAUUAAUGUACGAGGUUCUAGCGGACCAAACUAUGUGGGCAGUAUGCGGCCGAACCGCAGGCAUUGUGUCAUUAGAAAUAGUAGAAAAACAAAGUGUUACGUUAGAUGUAAUGCCUCUGACAAGUGGUUAUUUGCCACUUCCUGUUGUUAGAUUGUCACGAUACAUACCGGCAACGGAAUUGAAAAAUGAUAUCGUUCGCAAUAAAAAUGACGUAGGAUCUGGACCUCGAUUAGAGCCAUUUAGUCCAGGACAAGUGUAUAACGCCAGUAAAGCACAGCAAGUGCAUGUUCUGCCAGCAGCUCCGUCAGAAUCAAGUUAAAAAAAUGCGUAAAUUAUUGUUAAAGACGUGUACAUAGGUUGAUUUCAUGUAAUAAAUCACAUGAAAACUUUUAAUUAGAUAGAACUUUCGGAGAAAGUUCAAUGAAAGAUAUCAGAUUGUUUUUUCAUCAAAACUAAACACACAAGAGUGUAUAUAUGGUUUAUUUUUAAUUCGCAUAAGAUUGGAAAUUAAUUUACGUUCUCAAUUAAAUUAUUGUUAAUUAUAAAUUACGAUGUUACAAACAUAGUUUACUAUUUAUUUUUGUAAGAUUUGUAAGACAGUUUGUCCUGUCUUUCAAACGGGAAUGUUUUGUUACCAAAGUUUGUUCAACUUUUCAAUUAUCUGUAUAUGCAUCUUUCAGAAUUCAAUCUGUGCGAUUGAUAGCUAACGAUGCCAUAAUAAGAUUUUCUUUAAAAUUAGAAAGUUUUAAAGUGUUUAGUUUUUCAUCAAGAAACACAGUUUUCUAUUUAUGUAAAAAGAAACCAAUACAAUCGUAAUUUUACACUUCAAGAAAUUACAAAAUAACAUUACAACCAAAUAUAUGUAAAAUAUAUUACAGCACGAAGAAAUAUUAGGAAGUAUCCUACUUUUUGACACUUUUGCAUUAAUUAUAAAAUAGACACAGGAAAAGUUGCAUUAUAUUCAUGUUUCAAUUUUAUGUACUUAUUAUAAUGUUGCCAUUUUAUAUGAUGCGUUCUCUUUCACUGGUUAUUUUUCUGUAUUCUAUACUUAAAAUUUAAAAUCUAUCUUGUUCAAAGUGUUUACAUAAUUAUUAUUUUAAAGCAGAAGUAAUAUUAUAUAAAAAACAAAUUUUUAUAUGAUGUAUAAAUAUGUACAAUUGCAAGAGAAAUAUUUGAAGCAACAAUAUUAGAAAUUAUAUCUAAUAGCAACGUAUUCGUAAAUUUGUGAAUAGUUUAAGUAUUAUAUAAUUUUUAUUUUUCUUGUAAACAUAUUGUAAUUCCUACAUAUAAGCAUAAGUUUGAUACGUAAAGUAGAAAUUUAAUGCUAUACACAUUUAAAAAUAUCAUAUUUUGUUUAAUAUUAUUUGUAUCUUUUAUGUGCACAUACAUACAAACUCCACAAAACAAAACAUGUACUUGUAAGCAAUUUAUCAAAAUCAAUCUUACCAAACAGAAUGUUCUUAUGUUGCCAUGUUUUUUGGAAUAUCAUAACUUUUUAUAUUUGUAUAAUAUUUUAACUUGUAUAUAGAUAAUCAGAAGUCAUACUCUCUUGAUUAUUCAAAAAAAUCUGUAUAUAUAUGUAUAUACAUAUAUGUAUAUAAUCAUGUUUUUGUUAUCUCUCAACUUAUGCGCUGGAGAUAGUUUUAUUGAAUAGUGUAACAUUUAUAUACUAUAUUUUUUUAUUGUAUAAGUGGAGAGAGAU